AAAUUGAAAGGAAUGUGAUGAUUGAUCAGAAUCAGAUGAAUGAAAAAUACACUCAUAGCCAGAUGUUAUUCUCUCUAUAUAGUGCAUACUACUUUGGUGGGGAAUACUCUAUAAAGCUUCUUUACAGAAAGAUAUUCACAUCCUCUAUCUAAUACUGUACUUUUUUCAUCAGUGGAUUAUUACUGCUUCAUCUAAUAUAUAUAUUUCUCAUCCUCCUUUCAUCUCUGCAAUACAAAACUUCUCUUUCUCUUCUAUCUUUCUGUCAUGGCUCAUCACCAUAGGUUGAUCUUCUUCAUACUUGUCUUAUUGCUAAACUCUAGUCAGGUCAUCUCAACCAACAACCAAUCGGUUUUCUUAACUCUUAUGAAAACAACCCUUACAGGCGGUCAAUGUUUUUCCAAUUGGGAACUAGGAAAACCCUUCUGUAAUUUCACUGGUAUUAGUUGUGACAACAGAUCAAACGUAAUCAUGAUCGACGUUGAUGGUUGUUCACUCUCCGGUCGUUUCCCAGACUAUGUCUGUUCCUACUUACCCACUUUGAAAAUUCUCCGUCUUGGCAAAAAUGUUAUCCAUGGAGGCUUUCCUAAAGGAAUCACAAAUUGCUCUGUUUUGGAGGAACUAAACAUGAACCAUCUUAAUCUCACAGGUACUCUGCCUGAUUUUUCUCAGAUGAAGUCACUGAAGUUCCUCGACAUGUCAUACAACUCAUUCUCAGGGGAUUUUCCAUUGUCGAUCGCUAUGCUAACCAAUCUCGAGGAGGUUAAUUUCAACGAGAAUGAAAACUUUAAUCUAUGGGAGCUGCCAGAGAGCUUUUCUAACAUGACAAAGCUUAAUACAAUAGUGCUGACGACUUGUAUGUUACGUGGAACUAUCCCGUCGUGGAUAGGUAACAUGACGUCGUUAAUUGAUCUUGAGUUAAGCGGGAAUUACCUCGUGAGACGAAUUCCGGCUGAGAUUGGUUCUCUGAAGAAUUUGAAACAGCUUGAGCUUUAUUACAAUCAGUUGGAAGGGCCAAUUCCUGAAGAAAUUGGGAACUUGACGAACCUGAUCGACUUAGACAUGUCGGUUAAUAAGCUAACCGGAGGUAUUCCUGAAUCAAUCUCCCGCCUACCGAAUCUAACCGUUUUGCAGCUCUACAACAACAGUCUCACCGGUGAAAUCCCAGUUGGUUUUGGAAAUUCGACAAAUUUAACCAUGUUGUCUGUUUACGAUAAUUUCCUAACGGGAGAAGUUCCUCCAUCCCUUGGAAGUAUAGCGCCUAUGAUUCUUCUCGAUUUAUCGGAGAAUCAAUUUACCGGCAGCUUGCCGCCGCGGUUAUGCGACAGAGGUCAGUUAAUGUACUUUCUUAUGCUGCAAAACAUGUUCUCUGGUCAGAUACCAGAAAGUUAUUCAAGAUGCAAUUCUCUUUUAAGGUUUCGAGUUAGGUAUAACCGUUUGGAAGGGCCUAUACCAAACGGACUCUUGGGUCUUCCUAAUGUCUCGAUAAUCGACUUGGGUUAUAACCGAUUAAACGGUACUAUCUCGAAUAAGAUCGGAGGUGCGAAGAAUUUAUCGGAAUUGUUCCUAGAAAACAACAUGAUUGCAGGAGCUCUGCCUUUUGAAAUUUCACAAGCUGGAAAUUUGGUGAAGAUUGACCUCAGCAAUAACCGUUUAUCCGGUUCGAUUCCAAUUGAGAUUGGAAAUUUGCGAAAGCUUAACUCGUUAAUGCUUCAAGGUAAUGUUCUAACCUCUACAAUCCCAGUUUCCCUUUCGUCGUUGAAAUCUCUCAAUAUUCUUGAUCUUUCUAAUAACAAUUUGACCGGGAGAAUCCCACAAGAGCUUAUUGAAUUACUUCCGAAUUCAAUUAACUUCUCACAUAACCUCCUUUCCGGUCCGAUCCCUCUCGCGUUUGUGGAAAACGGUUUGGUUGAAAGCUUUUCAGACAACCCGGGACUUUGUAUCCCAUCUUUUGUAACCGCCACUUUACAAAACUUUCCCAUUUGUCCACACACGAUUACCCGGAAACAGAUCAACUCUAUCGGGGUAAUAGUAAUUCCAAUCAUACUACUUAUUGUAAUUGGAAUCGUUUUCCUCCUAUGUCGUUGGCUAAAGAAGGAACAAGCCACGAUCAACAGCGACGACACCUCGUUCUAUUCGUACGAAGUCAAGAGUUUUCAUCGCAUUACCUUCGAUCACCGAGAAAUCAUCGAAUCCAUGGUCGAGAAAAAUAUUGUCGGGGAAGGCGGUUCAGGGACAGUCUACAAAAUCGAGUUAACAAACGGGGAAUCCGUGGCUGUGAAAAGACUACGUAGCCGGAAAACCGUAGAGGAUCGGAUUUUCUUCGACAAGGAAUUGAAAACAGAGGUGGACACUUUGGGAAACAUACGACACAAGAACAUUGUGAAACUUUAUUGUUGUUUCUCGAAUCAGGAAAGUAGAUUAUUGGUUUAUGAGUAUAUGCCGAAAGGUAACUUAUGGGAAGCACUUCAUAGGGAGAAGACGAAUCUCGAUUGGACGGCUCGUCAUCGAAUUGCGAUCGGGAUCGCUCAAGGAUUGGCUUAUCUUCAUCACGAUCUUUCGCCACCAAUUAUACAUAGAGACAUCAAAACCACCAAUAUUCUAUUGGAUGGUAAUUAUCACCCAAAGGUCGCGGAUUUCGGCAUAGCGAAAGUUUUGCAAGCCAAAGGGAAAGACUCAACCACAACCGUCAUUGCAGGAACCUAUGGUUACUUAGCUCCAGAAUAUGCGUAUUCUUCAAAGGCGACAACAAAAUGCGACGUUUAUAGUUACGGGGUGGUAUUAAUGGAGUUAAUAACCGGGAAGAGGCCGGUAGAGAAAGAAUUCGGAGAAAACAAGAAUAUUGUGUAUUGGGUAUCGACAAAAGUUGAAACUAAAGAAGGAGCGAUGGAGAUUUUAGAUAAACGAUUAUCCGAUUUUUACAAGGAUGAAAUGAUUAAGGCACUUCGAGUAUCUAUUCGAUGUACUUGCAAUGUACCGGCUCUUCGUCCAACUAUGAACGAAGUGGUUCAAUUGUUGUCCGAAGCCGAACCUUGUAAAUGUGAUCCAAACAAGUUUUCGUUAGAAGGAAUCAUGAAGAAUUCAAUAUAUGAUUCAUGAUUUUGAAGGAAAGCUACAUCAGAUAGUUGUAAUUAAGAUAAGUCUCUUUUUUAUAAAUCAAUCCUUAUAACUGCUUUGUGGCAACGCAAAGCAUCUCUUUUAUAAGAUAGACCCACAAAGGAAAUAAUUCAGUAACUUUUAUUUUCCUUUA